ACUCCCUCCAGCCCAUCCCAGAGAGGAGAAUUCCAAACCGAUACUUAGGCCAGCCCAGCCCCUUUACACACCCACACCUCCUCAGACCAGUGAAUGAUACCAGUGUGUCUCUCAGUGAGGGCUUCCUUUUGCUGAUUCUUCAUCAGACUGGAAUUCCUGCUGGGAAAUCGGCUGAGACUCAGGAAAUGCAGCUCACCACUGAAAUACACAAGAAAUCAGAGUUUUUCAAAGCUGUAAGGAGAGGUGACGCCAGGACUAUCUCAACUGGAAUAUGCACUUCGCAGGCACAAACUAAUGUCUCUGAUCCACAAGGAAACAGAAGGGCAGAGUGGGACAGACCAGACAGUGGUUCUCCUGUCCAACCCUACAUACUACAUGAGCAAUGAUAUCCCCUAUACUUUCCACCAAGACAACAAUUUCCUGUACCUGUGUGGAUUCCAAGAGCCCGAUAGCAUUCUGGUCCUUCAAAGCCUCCCUGGCAAGCAGUUACCAGCGCAUAAGGCCAUGCUUUUUGUGCCUCGGAGAGACCCUAGUCGAGAACUUUGGGAUGGCCCACGAUCUGGCACUGAUGGAGCAAUAGCUUUAACGGGAGUGGACGAAGCCUAUACACUGGAAGAAUUUCAACAUCUAGUACCAAAACUGAAAGAUGAGACAAAUAUGGUCUGGUAUGACUGGAUGAGGCCCUCUCACGCACAGCUUCACUCAGACUACAUGCAGCAUCUGACUGAGGUCAAAGCCAGGAGCAAGAAUAAAGUUCGGGCUGUCCAGCAGCUGGUACAGCGGCUCCGGCUGAUCAAAUCUCCUGCAGAAAUUGAGCGAAUGCAGAUUGCUGGGAAGCUAACAUCACAGGCUUUCAUAGAGACCAUGUUUGCCAGUAAAGCUCCCAUGGAGGAAGGCUUCCUUUAUGCUAAGUUUGAAUUUGAAUGCCGGGCCCGUGGUGCAGACAUCUUAGCCUACCCGCCCGUGGUCGCUGGAGGUAAUCGGUCAAACACUUUGCACUAUGUGAAGAAUAAUCAGCUCAUCAAGGAUGGGGAAAUGGUGCUGCUGGAUGGAGGUUGUGAGUCUUCUUGCUAUGUGAGUGACAUAACCCGUACCUGGCCUGUCAAUGGCAGGUUCACAGCACCUCAGGCAGAACUCUAUGAAGCUGUUCUAGAGAUACAGAGAGACUGUCUGACCCUCUGCUCCCCUGGGACAAGCUUGGAGAACAUCUACAGCUUGAUGCUCACACUGAUCGCACAGAAGCUAAAGGAGUUGGGGAUCGUGAAGAACAUUAAGGGAAAUAAUGCCUUCAAGGCUGCUCGAAAAUACUGCCCUCAUCAUGUUGGCCAUUACCUCGGGAUGGAUGUCCAUGACACUCCAGACAUGCCCCGUUCCCUCCCUCUACAGCCUGGUAUGGUAAUCACGGUGGAGCCAGGCAUUUAUAUUCCAGAGGAUGACAGAGAUGCCCCAGAGAAGUUUCGUGGUCUUGGUGUACGAAUUGAAGAUGAUGUAGUGGUGACUCAGGAUUUACCUCUCAUCCUUUCUGCAGAUUGCCCCAAAGAGAUGAAUGACAUCGAACAGAUAUGCAACAGGGCCUCUUGACCCUCUUUGCAGCCCACAUGCCUCUCAGGUUUAGAAGCGGUAUACGUCUGCAUCUGUGCAUGUUUGCCGACUGAGCGUCUCUGCGUGUAUGUUUCUACACAUGUUCCAUUUGGGAGUGUGGCAACUGUAUAGAAUGUAUGAAAUUGCGUAUGUGAUAUUUAAGUAGCUAAAAAUCUGGAAAAUUGAAUUUUUGAACAGUAUGUUACUACAACUUUAGUAACAUUAACUCUGUACAAUUAAUGACCAAGGCAGGUUUAAUUUUUAAAUGUACAGAAAAAUCUUGAUUAUAUGUGUCCAUGCAUUCCAGUUAACACAAUGAAACAUACAGAAAAUAUUCUCCUUCUCUCCAACUUUUUCCCUUUCUACACUUUUGCUGAGAUCUACCUAAUAUCAUAAGCUGUUCAUGAUGCUUAUAUUUUGAGCUAACCACCAAUGUUUCUGCCUAUACUAAAAGCCACCUGUCAGUGAUUGUGGGUGGCCAAUACAUAUCUUCCGUAACUCCUAUCCAUCUCUUCCAGAUCCUAUAUAUCUGCUGGAACCAUAUGAGCCCUUGUGGGCACUGGGGUCCUGCAAUCCCACCAUUCAGCUCCAAUCCAGAUUCUAGCAACACUAACUACUAAACAAAACAGUUUUGUUUUUUUUUUAUUCUUACGUUAAUCCCAUACAUCACAUCAUUAGUUUUAGAUGAAG